AUGACCAAACUUGCAUCCAACAAGACUCUCGUGGUAUUGGUGGCACUUUUAUUGUUAUUUGUAGCCACGGUAUUCAUUGAUGCUCAACAACCACCUCCACCUCCACGACCAUCCUCACCACCUCAACAAGCACAAAGUCAACAACAACAAGGUGCUGGACAACAACAACAAUCUCAAUCACAGGCCAGUCAACAACAAGGUGCUGCUGGACAAAAACAACCCCCAGCUCAAGCGUCACCACAACCUCAACAAUCGCCACAACCUCCUGUUGGAGGACAAGGUGGUGGACAACAGCAAGGAGGACAAGGUGGUGGUCAACAAGGUGGACAAAGUCAACAACAACAAGUUCGUCGUCUCAUUCAACGUAUUUCCAUCGAUUUGAGAACCAUUCAAGCAGCAGGUAGAAGAUGUUUCGGUGGUGUUCAAUUUCCAAUGCAACAAGGAGGACCUGCUGGUCAAUCUGCACAACAACAAGGUGGUGCUGAUCAAUCUGCACAACAACAAGGAGGAGGUGCUGAUCAAAGUCAACAACAAUCUCAACAGCAAACCAAACAACAGAAUCAAACUCAGACUGUUCAAGUACAAACAACCACCACUCCUGCUCAGGGCCAACAACAGCAACAGGCACAAAGACAACAACAAGCACAGCCACAACGAUCGCCACAACCUCAAGCUUCGCCUCAACAGUCACCACGACCUCAACAAUCGCCACAACCUCAACAAGGCGGUGGUCAACAGCAAAUGCCUCCACAAAUGCCUCCACCCAUGCAACCACCCAGCGAUCAAGGUAUGGUUGGUGGACCACAGGGUGGCCCUUCACAACAACAGGCUUGUGGAUUAGUCUUGCAAGCAACUCAAGCACUUGCUAAUAAUACUCUUGCUCUACAGAAUUUUGCUUCUUCAUUCCCUAAUACGACUCUUGGUGCUUUGCGUAAUUUGACACAAAUUGCUCCACUCUUGGUUCAACAUGCACAGAGUGGUAAUUGGACCUUGUAUAAGACAGCUUUGCUGACAUUUAUAAGUAGUUGGCAGGCAAUUCAGACGGCAUCUCCAAGAUUUGGUGAAGAUUUCUUCCCUCCAUUCCCUCCAUUUGAUGAUGAAGAAGGAAUGAUGAUGGGAGGUCAGCAACCAUAUGGGCAGCAGCAACAAGGUGGUGGUCAACAACCAUAUGGGCAGCAGCAAGGUGGUUAUGGCCAGCAACAACCCUAUGGUUAUCCAAUGAUGGGACAUCCAAUGAUGGGCCAACAAUAUGGACAGCAGUAUGGUUAUCCAAUGAUGGGUCAACGCAGACCUUAUGGCUAUGGAGGAAGAAGACCUUACAGUCACUACGAUGAUUAUGGCCAAUAUUACGAUGAAGGCGGAUAUCCACCUUAUUAUGAAUAUCCACCAUUCUGCCCACCAUGGUGGAAUCCUUAUGGAAUGGGAUAUUAUUAA